AGACACAGAGAGAGAAGUACAGACUGAGAGAGAAGAGAAGAGAGAGAGAGGAGAGAGAGAGAGCCCUGCCCACUCCAACAAACCCAUUCAACGUGUUCAGAGAGAGAGCUGCCAGAGAUCUACUGAGAGAGAGCAAGAAAAAAAGGACAGGAAGAGACAGGAAGAGAUAGGAAGAAGGGAAGAGAGCAAGAGAACAACUCUGUUAUCCUGUGCUGACACAGACAGAAAGCUGCCCUGAUCGUUCACUCACACAUACUCUUACACACGCAACUCCUCAACUUCCUAAGGACCAGCCUGCUUCUCUCCACAAACUCAGACAACACAGAGAACACCUUCUCCGCAAGGAUUACACUCCUUUUCCUCUCCUUUUUCCUCCACGUUCCAGGGGACACUUGGGACUUUUUCCUCCAACUUCAGCACUAGUCUCCUCAGGGCUGCGUCUCCUUCCAGCUCUCUCCCAGAGGAGCAGAUCCACACUCUCCACCCUGCGACCGGGAGAAGCAUUUCAAGACUCCUGGCAGACGGAGGAACCUAGACUUCAAAGUUUGGAGCAUCUGUUCUUUUUUUUCUUUCUCCAGACAGUAUUUUUUUCUCCCUGCUCUCUGUCUCCUCUCGUGGUUCCAGCCGACUAACUAACUAACUGUAGCUCUCCAGGAUGUCAGCGUUGCUGCUGUGUGGGAUGUUGCUGCUGGGUUUCCUCCAGGGCUGCUCCACCUCCCUCCCCGCCUCCGGCACCUCUUCGGCAGGCACGUUUCUGGCCCAGACCCCCUCCCAGCUCCAGCCCCAGGGUCAGGGUGUGGAGGAAGAGGGGGCGCUCUGCCCCUCCUGUGCCCUGGCCCACCUGAGGACUCUCCAGCAGGGUCAGGGAGGAGCGCAGCAGCGGGGGGAGGAGGAGGUGGUGGAGGAGGAGGAGGGGGCAGCCCAACCUGAGGUGGUGGAAGCGGUAAAACGCCACAUCUUGAACAUGCUGCACCUGCAAGCUCGACCCAACAUCACGCACCCGGUGCCGCGCGCAGCCCUGCUCAACGCCAUACGCAAGCUGCACGUGGGGCGCGUGGGCGAGGACGGGAGCGUGCAGAUCGAGGACGAGGGACACGGACGCUCGGACACCAGCGAGUCGGCGGAACAGACGGAGAUCAUCACGUUCGCCGAGGCUGGUGAGUCUCACCUGCGUGUGUUUGUGGGUGUGUGGAUAGAUAUUUGUGUUUGGGAGGUAUUUUUAGUUGAUCCUGUGUGCGUAUGUAUCUGCUUGUGAUGCUGUGUGUAUGGGUGUCCCUGUGUGUGAUGUUUUGUGUCUGUGAAAGGUGUCUUGGAUGGAUUCCAGAAUGUGUGUGUGAAGGGGCUGGACACACCAUGGGUCAUAAAAAAGCGGUUUUGUUAGAUCCAGCUCUGUAAAAUUCUCUGGUCGGUCAGCCAGUCAGGCAGUUUAGUGGAUUCAUAAAUCUCUUUAACAACUGUGAGCUCUCAAAAUACUCUGAAGGGUUUGUGUGUGUGUGUGUGUGUGUAAGGGGGGGAGGGGUAAUUCCACCUGCUUAAUUCCACCUGUAUGAUUCAGUUCAGAUGUUCACCCUGUUAACAGCACCCCCCUGCUUCCCCCCCGUCCCACAAUCUCCUUUUAGCAUUCCAGCACCCCCACACCCUCCCUGGACACACAUGUACACACACACACACACACGAACACACACACACACCUCCUUCAGGUCAUUCAGGACCUCCCGCUGUUUUAGCAAUUAUGUCAUUAUCUGCUUACAGACCCCCAAGGUGUGUCCGCUCU